UGGCGGCGCCUGCGCAGAGAGGCGCGCAGGCAACCUGGCCCUCGUCAAGGGGCGUAAUCCGCCGUGAAGUAUGGAUCCCGAGGGCGGGCUGGAGAUUGAGGUGGAGUUUGAACGAGAAGAGGGGGAGCCCGAGGUGAAGAAGCGGAAGCUUAUGUGUGUGGAGUUUGCCUCCGUCGCCAGCUGCGACGACGCCGUGGCUCAGUGCUACCUGGCCGAGAACGACUGGGAGAUGGAAAGAGCCCUGAACUCCUACUUCGAGUCUCCUAUAGAGGAGAGCACCUUGAAAAGUCUUUCCGAGGCCUCCCCUGAGCGCGAGCCCUGUGUUGACUUAACCAGUGAAGAGACAACUGAUUGCAGUAGCUCGAAAACCAGCACAUCUGACAAGAUUCAGCAGGAAGAUGGCAGCAUGCUCUCUGUCCUUACUUGGAAUAUUGAUGGACUAGACCUAAACAAUCUGCAAGAGCGGGCCCGAGGGGUGUGUUCCUACUUAACUUUGUACAGUCCAGAUGUGAUAUUUCUCCAGGAAGUUAUUCCCCCAUAUUAUAACUACCUAAAGAAGAGAGCAAGUAGUUAUGAGAUUAUUGCAGGUCAUGAAGAAGGAUAUUUUACAGCUAUAAUGUUGAAGAAAUCAAGAGUGAAAUUUAAAAGCCAAGAAAUUAUUCCUUUUCCAAAUACAGAAAUGAUGAGAAACCUUUUGUGUGUGCAUGCGAGUAUGUCGGGAAAUGAACUUUGCCUUAUGACUUCCCAUUUGGAGAGCACAAGAGGACAUGCCAAAGAGCGAAUGAACCAGUUCAAAAUGGUUUUAAAGAACAUACAAGAGGUUCCAGAGUCUGCUACCGUCAUUUUUGCAGGAGAUACAAAUUUAAGGGAUCUAGAAGUUACCAGAUGUGGUGGUUUACCCAGCAACAUUUUAGAUGUCUGGGAGUUUUUGGGCAAACCUAAGCAUUGCCAGUAUACAUGGGAUACAGAAAUGAACUCUAAUCUUGGAAUAUCUGCUAAGUGUAAGCUUCGUUUUGAUCGGAUAUUUUUCAGAGCAGCAGCAGCAGAAAAUGGAUACAUUAUUCCCCGAAGUUUGGACCUCCUGGGUUUGGAAAAACUAGACUGUGGUAGAUUUCCUAGUGAUCACUGGGGUCUUCUGUGUAAUUUAGAUGUAAUACUAUGACAUGCUUAUCAUAUAAAAGUUUAAAAUGUUCUAAGUAGUUUUGUUCUGGAUUUUUGCAAAUAUAAUUUCUACCUGUUUGGAAAAGUUAGAUUCAGUAUAACAGAAUUAAUAUACUGGGUCACUCUUAACACAAAAAGCUACUGUGCUUUUAUUUUGUGAAUUGAGUCCACAAAAUGCAGAACUGAAUAUCAGUGUUUAUUUAAAUUAAAAGUAGACCAAGCACUGAGAGUUAUGAGAGGCCUCUUAAUGAAAGGGUGCAAAGACUGUCAGCUUUGACUAGUGGUCUUAGCUGCAUGCUGGGUUUCAAGCAGGAUCAGAGCCUCUCUGUGGGCUAGUUUUAUAUUUGAUUUAUUUUUUAAAUCACACACUAAAGAUGAUAAUUAUUUUAAAUAAGAUUUCAACGGAAGAUGAUUAAAGUCAGGUUUAUAGUGGUACUGGACUUUUUUUUAAAGAGAAAAAUAAAUGUGUAAAGAGAGAGCCACUUAGUUUUGCCACUUGUAAAGUAAUUACAAGAAACUAAAGAGCACUUUCAAAUGUGCUUUUAAAAAAUUGGGUUUUCCCAUAAGAAAUGAACUUUAAAUAAAGAAUUUCACUUGUUUGCUUUA